AUGACUCAAAUCAAUUUUGAAGUAGCAUCUAUUCCUUUUGAAAGAGUUUUGUCAAAUGACAUUCAAGCAUCAAAUGACUUUGGGGGAACAUCAAAGGAGAAACAUAGCAAGUCUAUUUCAGCUCGAUCUUCAUGCCCUUCUUUCAGCUUCAACCUAACUGACAUGGUUAACAUGUGGAAUGGUGAAGAUGAUGUGGUUGGUUGUGCUGAACAGAGCGACGAGACCAUUGGUGGAUAUAAAUUGAAGCCAGAAUACAUGCCUAUAUUAAGGGCAAUUCUCAGCAAGUAUGGAGAUAUUUGCCGGAAUUGUACGUUGACAAUGAAACACCUUUCGGUGUUGUUGGAGAUGAUAUGUGAGAUCAUCUCAGAAUUGCGAGAAAAGGAUUUGGUUAAAAUCAAAGAAGAUGACCUGAAGAACAUGAUUGAUCUUGUAAAUGAUAUAAAGAAUAUGGAAGUGGACAUUGAGUGGCUUCACCAGAGACUAGUUAAGCUACUUGAGGCAAGGCAAGUUGUUGAUCAGUCUGCUGCGAUGAAAGAGGGAAAAGAAAUCAAUAAAAAAUUCAUUGAAAUUGCGGAGAGAAGACUGGAAGAAUGUGAAAAGAAAAAGAAGGAAUUGGGAGCACAGUUAAGGUCACUAUGUGACAAAGAGACUGAAACCAAGGAGAGACUGGCUAGAGCAUUGGAUGAGUCAACCAAGAUCAAGGAGGCAAUCAAACAGGCCAAAGAUAAAGUCAGAUGCUUUCUUCGUCACUCAAUGGCUGAUGGUUUGAUUUAG